AUGGAUCGAUUGCCAGUUGAGAUCGUUCUUACCAUCAUCCAUGAGAUUCCCGACUUACACGACCGACUACACCUACUUCAGGACCUCGUAGAUCUGCUCAGCGAGUCGCCGGUAGAAUGGGAAGCGUGGCGCUACCAGUUAUCGAGAAACCGGAUCGAGGCGUGGAUUGCUCUUUUGCUUGCCCUCCUCCCCAGCCUGACCGCGAUUUCGGCGCGUCAUAAUCGCCCUGAAGGUUGGAUCAGCAGGAUUGUUGCAAAGACCGCGUGGAAGCAACCGCCGUUUGAUACCAGCACUCUCUCGGCCUUACAGCGUUUGGAGAGCCUCGACCUCACAUGGCGCGAUCUCUCUGUCGUUAUGAAUCACCGUGAAUACCUUCCCUUUUUCCAUUUGCCUUCCCUUCGCACGCUGCGACUUGGGCCAGUGCAGGAACCUCAAACGCUCUACAAAGUGGCUGAUCAUCCAGCCUUCCUCCCCGCCCCUGGUACGUCGCCGGUCGAGUCCCUCGUGCUGGACUACUUCUGUAACGGAAGAUAUGGAAUGGCCGAUUUUAUUGCGUCUUGCGCCAACCUCAAGUGUUUCGUUUACCAGCACACCAACGACAUGAUCUGGGUAUCGAACGAGGAGGCACAGCAUUUCGCUGAUUUAGACCCCAGUUUUCGGCCUUGGUGUUUCCACACAGCACUCCUGACGCAGAAGCACAGCCUGGAAGUUCUUCAUCUAAACCACCUGGGUCAUGCCUCCAUCCCCAUCCAAGACGGCCGCGAUUACAGAGACAUUACUGAUGUCAAUUCCCAUGAUCGGUGGUUCGGUUCAUUAGCAGACCUCUCCAAGCUGUGGGAUUUGCGUAUUCGCGCGAGAAACCUCCUCAACCUCCAGCCCAUGGAGAGAGACGAUGUCGUUAUGCUAAAGGAUAUCCUGCCCCGGAGCUUGAAGCAUUUGCACUUGGCGGACUGUCACGAGAACGACUGUGCUUUGCUUGUCCCCAACCUCGAGGAUCUGCUUGCUCAGCGGGCGGAACGAUUUCCCAACUUGCAAUCCUUACUCAUCUCUCCUGCGUCGAGGGAGCCAUACGAUUCCUUUGUUAGCCUUCAGCAGUCGUUCAUAAAGCAAUGGACAGGCCUUCAGCAGACGUGCGAAAGGGCUGGGGUUUACUUCUCUCUUGGAGAAGGAGAGAAGAUGAUCUCGGAUUUCCCCGCGGUAUUCCCAACCAGCCAUGACGACAUCACCGACACCCUCAACAUGCCGAGCUCCCCAGAACCGUUCGCCGCGUCGUCGUCGCCCAGCGAUUCCGUGAAGCACCACUCCUGCUACACCUACCGCCAAUUCCAGCUCCUCCGCCAGGGAAGCACGGCCUCUCCCCUCCGGGUGAUUGCCCAUAUCGAUCUUGAUGCCUUCUAUGCACAGUGUGAGAUGGUGCGGCUGCAGACGCCGCGGGAACAGCCGCUGGCGGUGCGACAAUGGGACUCCCUCAUCGCCAUCAACUACCCUGCUCGCGCCUUUGGGAUUACGCGCAUGAUUACCGCGGCGGAAGCCAAGAAGCUGUGUCCCGAGAUUGUGUUACAGCACGUUGCCACCUUCCGCGAGGGCGAGGGCGGAAAAUGGGCCUACAGGGAGGACGCGUUCAGGAAUAUCGGGACGGAUAAGGUGUGUUUGGACCCGUACCGGAUGGAAUCUCGGAAGAUCCUGCAGGUUAUGAAAGAGGAGCUGUCGAGAUGGCAUGCGGAUCUGCUGGACGACGAGCGAGGGCUAGGGUCGCAGUUCCAGGUUGAGCAGGCAGCCCUCGAAAAGGCCAGUAUUGACGAGGUCUUCAUUGACUUAUCACCCCUGGUUUAUGGUGUCUUGCUCCAACGGUACCCUGAAUUGCGUGCUGCGCCACAGGGCGAUGACAAGUUUGCAUCUCUGCCUCGUCCACCGACCACCGCCUUGGAGUGGAACGCCGAAGACUGCCUGGUGGAUCUGGACAAGACGGAGACGGAGGUCGAUGACCCAGAUUGGGAUGAUAUUGCAAUGCUCGUUGGGUCUGAAGUGGUACGAUCACUCCGGACGGCUCUUUGGAAUAAACUCCAAUAUACUUGCUCCGCGGGGAUCGCGAGGAACAAAAUGAUGGCGAAAUUGGGGAGCUCGAGUAACAAACCGAACAAACAGACCAUUGUACGGAAUCGUGCAGUCCAAAACUUCCUCGGUGGAUUCAAGUUUACCAAAAUCAGAAUGCUGGGAGGUAAGCUGGGCGAUCAGGUUACUGCUCUUUUCGGCACCGAACAAGUGGGGGAUCUCCUCCAAGUUCCGCUUGAGCAGCUGCGAGCCAAGCUUGACGAUGACACCGCUCUGUGGUUGUAUGGCAUCAUCCGCGGAGAGGACAGAAGUGAGGUCAACCCCAGAACACAGAUCAAAUCUAUGCUUUCGGCAAAGUCAUUCCGGCCGAGCAUCAAUUCAGUUGAGCAGGCGGAAAAAUGGCUGCGUAUCUUUGCUGCUGAUAUCUAUGGGCGACUUGUUGAGGAUGGCGUGCUUGAGAAUAGACGCCGUCCAAGAACAAUUGCCUUGCAUCACAGACAGAACGCCCAGGUCCGUUCACGCCAACACCCAAUCCCGGGAUCAAUGCCUAUCGAUGAGACGAUGCUUUUUGAACUUGGCAAGACACUACUCCGCCAGGUUGUGGGAGAUGGCCGUGCUUGGCCUUGCGCCAACCUAUCCCUGAGUGUUGGCGGUUUUGAAGAUGGUGCUGGGAAAAAUCAAGCAAUAGACGCGUUUUUGUUGCGAGGCGAGCAGGCCAAGAUUUCUGGGGCAUCUACACGGACUCUCGAAUCUGAUGGGUCAUUAGAAGGACAGCCUCGUGAUAAACGGCGAAAGGUAAACGAUGAUGGAAUACGCCGGUUCUUCACAAAAUCUCCGGGCGAAGAUGAACCGAAAGAUGUCUCGCCGGAAGAAGCCAUUGCGGACAGCACAAACGUUGCAAGUCUGCCUGAACAGUCUCAACUGGACGCUCAGUCGCCGGCCGCAUUGGAACAUUACACGUGCGAUCGGUGUGGAAAGUUGCUUCCACCGCAUGAAAAAGAUGAGCAUAAUGACUGGCACUUUGCGAAAGACCUUGAGGUUGAGGAAAGGCAAGCAGUCAGAAGCUCUCAGCUGGCAGAGCGCUCCUUAAACAACACAGGCGCAUCCAAUUCACGUGGCAGAUCGGGUCGCGGUAAUCGCAGCAAAACAGAGAAGGGCCAGACUCGACUGCCUUUUGGCUGA